GAAAAAUGGAAUAAAUAUGUGUGUUUUAUUGCGUCUUUUGCUGCAGGUCUAAUGUCAAAGUGCGCAACAAUUCUUUCUCGCAGAGUCGCUGAUUUGUGAAGAAAUGGAUUAGUAAAAGUGGUAUUUCCUAUUUUUUUUUUACCCUCUCUCUCUCUCUCUCUCUCUCUCUCUCUCUCUCUCUCUUGCUUUAGUUGCAAGUCCCAUUUCAGUGGUCAAGUUCAGCGCGUUGUUCCUCCGGGCCGGACGGACGCUUCUUAUUGGUAGGCAGCGGCAGUUACAUCACGCCGCCCAUGACGCGCACGUCUUCCUGUUUCCUUCAGCCGCGUCUUAAAGUGAAUCUUAGUGGCGGAGGAGCGCUCCAGCAUCCAGUCCACUGCAUCCAGUGCGCCUCGGAGACCCACACACACGCAGUCUCGCCCUCUCUCUCCCUCUCUCUCCCUCUCUCUCUCUCUCUUGUACUCUCUCUAUGUCUCUCACUCACUUUAGUCACAGCAGAGGAUAGAGGGAGAGACCGCCGCGCCAGAGCUUCUUUUUCAUCUUGUGUAUUUUUUUCCGGUUUCGGUCCUUUCGCUCGCGCCGCUGACUUUAUUGCGGCUCUACUUCAGUGAGAGAAAUUGCAAUAUCCCAGCAUCCAACAAUCCGCCGUGCUGUGCGCAUUAAAAAAAAUAUAUAUAUAUAUAUAUUUAGUGGGUGCCGUUGGAGUUCAGGUUGUGCCGUCUUCAUCCAAAAGGGUACUCAGAGGAUUCAAUCCCAGAGGUUUGCGGGAUAUGGCCCAAUAGCAGCAGCCCGUGAUGCCGGACCAUGACAGCGACUCCCUCCUGAACAGACAGACCAAGCGAAGACGUGUGGACAUUGGUGUUAAGAGGACCGUGGGCAGCACAGCCUCCUCCACAGCAGCAGCCACAACAGCAACAACCACAGAUAACAUUGCCCGCGCCAAAGCAGCCAUUUUCAGUGCCAUGAACUCUCUGAGCUCCCACUCUCACCACGGAUCAGAGACUGACAACAUGGAGUGCUCUCUAGUGCAGCCACAUGGUGGACCUGGCAUUGUGUCAGCCAGCGACACAGAAUCCAAGUCCAAUGUGCUGCGAAAGCUACUGAAGAGGGCCAACUCGUACGAGGACACCAUGAUGCCCUUCCCCGGCACCACCAUUAUCUCCCAGCUUCUCAAGAAUAACAUGGCUAAAAAUGGAGGAGGACCUGAGAGGGGAGAAAGAGGGGACAGGGGUGAUAGAGGGGACAUCGGCUUCCCUGGAUCAGGGCUCUCCAAUGCAAGUUCAGACGCUCCCCAGGAGGAUGCCUGCAGUAACUCCUCCCAUGAUAGCACCCCUCAAGAGUGCUUGUCACCCUUUGGUCGUUCUGGCCUGGCCGCCUUCGACAUCGAACGUCUAAACGAUGAACAUCUGCGUGCCAAGCGAGCCCGUGUAGAGAACAUUAUACGUGGCAUGAGCCACUCACCCAGUGUGGUGGUACCCGCUGCUUCCCGUCAUGAGCGUGACCAUGAGUUGGAUGGAGAGCAGGAGAUCGAUCUGGACUGCCCCCCCCCUCAGUCUCAACAGCAGGCCCCCAGCAGCCCACGGGGAGGCGAAGUUUGCAGCAGUAGCAGCCGAGAGAACAAGCGUAAGCAGCGUCUGCCUCAGCAGCAACAACAGAGUUUCACCCAGCUGGUGUGCCAGAGAAAGGAGCAGAAGCAGGAGGAGCGACGGCAACUGAAGCUGCAGCUGGAGGACAUGCAGAAACAGCUGCGUCAGCUGCAGGAGAAGUUCUUUCAGAUCUACGACUCAACCGACGACUCGGAACACAACGACCUCCACAACGAGCUCAACAAUGACAUAGGAAACAUGUCCGAAGACAGCCCGGGUAGGUCCGACCCCGGCGCCGAUGACCGGGGCGGAGAUGACCUGCGCUCUGACAAUGAGAUGUCUGACCUGGACCCGGGCCAUUUCCUGGACCGGGCGCGGGCCUUACUUCAGGAGCAGGCCUUGCUCACAGACAGAGAGAAGCCAAGGAGAGAAGGGCCCAGCCGGAGCAAAGGACAGGGAGGUCCGGCCUCCUCCAUGCACGCUGAGGGUAAACAGCUGGCAGAAACACUCAAGCAGGAACUCAAUUCAGCCAUGACCCAGGUGGUGGACACCGUGGUUAAGGUGUUCGCCAAGCCUCCGCGCCCCACACCCCAGCAAGCCUUCCCCUCACUUUCCAUACCGCCUGAAAGAUUUCCCACCACUGUCAAUGGAGAGAACCCCAACUUCCACACCACCAACCAGAGGCUGCAGUGCUUCGGCGAUGUCAUCAUUCCCAAUCCACUGGACUCAUUUGCCAGCAUGCCGGGGAUGCCGGGUCCCACCAAUGACCAAACUGAGGCGAUCCCCUUAGUUGUGAGGAAGACAGCCAGCGAGCACCACCACCACCACCAGUCCUCGGCUGUGGGUGCCCACGGUGGGCACCACCACCCUAUCCUUCAUCCCUCCUCACUUUCUGCCUCCAUGGGCUUCAGCCCGCCAUCUUUUAGACACCCUUUCCCGCUGCCUCUCAUGGGCUACCCUUUCCAGAGUCACCUCGGUGGACCCACGGGUGGCUACCCGGGGAAGGACCGUUCUUCUCCCGACUCCAUGGACCUGUCCCGGGAGACCACCAGCCUGAGGACCAAGAUGGCAUCAGCUCACCAUCUGGGCCACCACCAUCGCUCUUGUUCACCGGCGCACCAUGGCAGCACGGCCGAGCUGUCCCUGUCCCUCAUCAAGUCGGAGUGCAGCGACCUCCAGGACAUGGCGGACAUCUCACCCUACUCAGGCAGCAAUAUCCAAGAAGGUCUCUCCCCCAAUCAUCUGAAGAAGGCCAAGCUAAUGUUUUUCUACACCCGCUACCCAAGCUCCAAUAUGCUCAAGAUGUUCUUCUCUGAUGUCAAGUUCAACCGUUGCAUCACCUCCCAGCUGAUCAAGUGGUUCAGCAACUUCAGGGAGUUCUACUACAUCCAGAUGGAGAAGUUCGCCCGCCAGUCCAUCAACGACGGGGUCACCGGGGUGGAGGAGCUGGGCGUCAGCCGCGACUGCGAGCUCUUCCGAGCCCUCAACAUGCACUACAACAAGGCCAAUGACUUUGAGGUCCCUGAACGCUUCCUGGAGGUGGCAGAGAUCACCCUGAGGGAGUUCUUCAACGCCAUCGUGGCGGGCAAAGACGUGGACCCGUCCUGGAAGAAGGCCAUCUACAAGGUCAUCUGCAAACUGGACAGCGAGGUCCCCGAGAUCUUCAAGUCCCCCAAUUGUCUCCAAGAGCUUCUACACGAGUAAAUUUCCCCUCCUCCUCCUCCGCCUCCUUCUCGCACAACGCUUUGGCUUCAUUUCUCUGAUUUCAUAGAAUUUAAAAAUUUUCUCUUUUAUUGUUUUUUUUUUCUUUACUUUUCCUCAACUUUUCCUUUGAUUUUCUGUUUAAAGAAAGUAAAUAAAUUAUUUUUGAAUGUAUGAAAGUUAUGAAGUAGCAUUCCCGAUCUGCAGCCUCCGCGGCGGCUCCUAAACGACCUAGCUAUCGUCUCGUUGUUCUUAUAUGAUAAUUCCCAUGAUGGUCAUUAUUUGUUUGUUUUUUUAUGAUUCUGAGAUGAAGAGACUCUGAUCUUAUUGGGUGCUUUUUUUUCGGCCCGUGUGAAAUCCUCCGUUUGGCUUGUUUCAUGAUCAACACUAACAAAGUCCACAGCGUGUGGAAGGAGAUCCUGAGUCCCCAUUUGACACCACUCAGAACACAGGUUGGGUUCCCUAAAGACUUUCAAUUGGACCCCAGAGAGGUGUCCCUCCAAUCCAGUCGGUGUCCAAAUGAACUUUCUUCGCACGGCAGGUGCCCAAUAGACUUUGCUACUGAAGAUGUCCCCCUGUAGGACAGUCUCACACACACACACACACACACACACACACACACACACACACAUGCACACAAAACCAAGGCCUAGUGAGGCUACUGACAGGACUAAGGCCGGACUUGGUCUGCACCGGUCCGUGGGACUGGUUUCAAAUAGCUACUGAGCUCUACUAUGUUUUGAAGUGUGCUUUUCCUACAAAUAGGACAUUGUGUUUAUUGGGUGUACAUUAUUAUUUAGAUUAUUCUUAUUGUUGUUGUUUAUGAUUAUUAUUAUUAUUUGUCAUCACUGCUUGCUGAAGAUUGGCACUUCGAGAUUUUGUUUGUCCCUUGAUGCUGUUCGCAAAAAACAAUAAAUUAUUGCUAUUAAUAUUAUUCCAAGACUUUAGAUUCUGAAAUGUUUUGCCCUUUUGCCCAUCCCUCUCCUUAAACCUGUUUUUGUUUGUCCAUCUCUGAGCUGGACUUUGGUCUGUUUAUUUUGUGUUUUGGUGCUCGGGGGCAACUUGCCUAGAAAAUGUUUCUAUUUGGGAUUUUAAUGGCAGCCCCUCAGAAAGGUCUUAUACUUAAACGCCUUUAAUGACUAGCCUAUAUUGCACCGGUCCGGCAGCUGUGCUGGAGAAGAAGCAAGGCGGCAGACACCAGUGAUAUGGAGCGUGCAGUGUAGAAAUAUGCAUUAGACGUGAGGCCUUUCGGUGCGUGACCUGCCGUUUUUUUAUACGGCUAAAUCUCACCGGUCCCGCUUUAUUAAAUAAACCGCUCCCACUUAAUGAGCCAUUUGUUCAGCUUUUAAAUACAUUGUAUUUGUCUAAUCAUCUGUUACAGAUAUGUGAACAUACACCGAUAAUACGUUUUCUUACAGCAUUGUUCACUAAAUCAUGGUCGUACGGAAGGCUUUUAUUGGAGGUGUAAACAGCACUAUGUUGAGUUAUUUCACUAGAAGUUGAUACUUGAAUCCAUCAGAAUACUGCGGCUACAGUCUAAAGACAGCGUUGCUGAAACAAUAGAUAAAAGCAUAUAAAUAGAAGCAUCGCAGAGAGGAAGAUUAUUAAAGAGGGGUAAAGGGAGAGGGGAAUAUAAGCUGAAACACAGUUCUUUAUUUCGGCUUUGAAGUGGAGCCCCCCCCCCCCCCC